UCGCGCGCUUGCCUGCCUGCCUGCGACCUGCUCUCGCUCUCUCUCUCCUUGAGAAAAUGGCUGCCGUACGCCGCGCUCGCAGUGACUCCCGCUGCGUGGUCCGCUUCUCCGACCGAGAACUCUACUAAAAUUCCCUUCCCGGCUUGUUUAACCGCUCGUAAGAGGAGGGGGUGAAGAAAACUUAAAAACCAGACAUUAUUCAAGGCACAAAAGACGGGGCCCGCGGCUGCCGGUCGUCACCGACGCUCGCGAAGAACCAGCCGAAGAGGCCGCUCGCGCCUUGAAACAGCCACAGCGCCCGCAGCCGCGUGAGAACGACCGUUGGACGGGCGGCCUGGGGUAGGAAUUGCCUCGGCCUCAGCAUGGAUUGUACGUCAAGUUACUGUGACUUGUUUGUUCAUCACUGCUUUAUACAAAUGAGGCAGAAGGUGAAGAAGAUUGUCACUCUGACAUGGUAAGAGCAGAUGACAAUGAAAGGUCUGGGGAAGCAAAUCUUCAGGCAGAGCUCCAGAUGUUCAGAGCACAAUGGAUGUUUGAACUUACCCCAGGGGUGAGCUCUACGGGUUUGGAGGUUCGAUCCUGCAGAACGUCGGCAAGAGGGCCUUCAGUAAAGGCUGUAGAUACCAAAGGAAAGCUGGAACUAGCAAAAGAGGAAAAGGAAGAAUUCAUAACAGAAGGAAGAUGCAUGUCAAAACCGAAAAUGCUGAAGAACUUGAUUCACCUCAAUCACUUUUUUCUAGCAAGAGAACUGUUCCUGAAAGCAGUGGAACAAGAACAAAAUGGGGCUCUUUAUGAAGCUAUUAAGUUCUAUCGUCUGGCUAUGCAACUGGUCCCAGAUAUUGAGUUUAAGAUCACCUAUACCCGAUCUCCAGAUGGUGACAGUAUUGGGAAAAGCUACAUUGAAGAUAAUGAGAAUGAUAGCAAGAUGGCUGACCUUCUAUCCUACUUUCAACAGCAAUUUACUCUUCAGGAAUCAUCCAUCAAACUGUGUCAGCCUGAGCUUGAUAUGAAUCAGACUCAUAUCUCAGUGUUGCCAAUGGAGCUGAUGAUGUAUAUUUUUCGAUGGGUGGUUUCCAGUGAUCUGGACCUGAGGUCUUUAGAACAGUUAUCAUUGGUCUGCAGAGGCUUCUACAUUUGUGCCAGGGACCCUGAAAUCUGGCGUCAGGCUUGUUUGAAGGUUUGGGGCAGGACCUGUAACAAAUUGGUUCCUUAUACCUCAUGGAGGGAAAUGUUUUUGGAAAGACCUAGAGUUCGAUUUGAUGGAGUAUACAUCAGCAAGACAACAUACAUACGUCAAGGAGAACAGUCUCUUGAUGGCUUCUAUAGGGCAUGGCACCAAGUGGAUUAUUACAGGUACAUGAGAUUCUUCCCAGAUGGCCAAGUAAUGAUGCUAACAACUCCGGAAGAACCUCAGUCUAUUGUUCCUCGUUUACGAACUAAAAACACAAGAACGGAUGCAAUCCUGCUUGGCCAUUAUCGCCUUUCCCAGGAUACGGACAAUCAAACCAAAGUAUUUGCUGUAAUGACAAAGAAGAAGGAAGAGAAACCAAUUGACUACCACAAGUACAGAUAUUUCUGUCGUGUCCCUGUGCAAGAAACUGAUCACAGCUUUCAUGUAGGGCUACAGCUGUGUUCCAGUGGCCGCCAGAGAUUCAACAAGCUUGUUUGGAUUCAUCACUCUUGUCACAUUACUUACAAGUCUACUGGUGAAACAGCAGUCUCUUCUUUUGACAUCGACAAGAUGUACACCCCUUUGUUCUUUGCACGAGUGAAGAGCUUUACUGCAUUUUCAGAAAGACCUCUCUAAGAAGGUCACAUCUCUUACUCUUGCAUGAAAAAUUACAGCAAACAACACUUAAGUUAUAAAUGUGUGUAUAUAUAUACAUAUAUAUAUAUAUAUGAAUUUUAUUUUAAAAAAUGGGGGAUCUUUUUGAAAGAUAUAUACUGGAAAUAAUUUGAUUUAGGGUGGCAGGGUUAUUUUAUUGGUUCUGAAGUCAAGUUUACACAUUAUUUUAAACUUGUUUAUGUUGUGAAAAGACUUUGAUAACAUAAAAGGCAUUUUUGCCAUGUCAUUUUAUGAGCAAAUUUAUAAGCUGUUCUCUUUCCAGCGUAAGGCUUCAUCUGCCUAUGCACCUUAAGUUCAGGAAUCGUUCUAAACCUACUGCUGUACAUAUGACAUGGUGUGUGUGCAUUGGGGGAAGGCUCAAAAUGUGAAGAAAUUGUCCUACAUCUGUGUGUGGCCUACACAAAUGUAAAAUAAAUGUUUACUUUGAAAUACAUGUAUUUGGGUUGCCUUUCAAGAAGAGACAUUGACUUUGCUGUAAGCUGAAGCCUUACAAAAAAAUUAAGCAAGGGAAGCAAAGUCGGAAGUUCAGCUUCAGUUGUUGCUAUCUGUUUUGGCAUCACAUUGUUUCAACAACUAGUAGUUACUGCAUUGCAAGGGGUAGAAGAUGAGCGAGAAGUCACAUUGGGGAACUGGCUGCCUCUCUCCUCUUCUUGAUCCAGGAAAGGAUUUCAAGAAAGCAAUUUGGAGCACUGAACUUGAAAGUGCAUUGUUUGAAUUAUGUUAUGCAAAUGAGAAUAGGGCUGUACUCAAGUAUGUUUGUCUUUUCUUUGUUUAACCCUUCACCUAACUGCUAAGAAUACUGCACACCUCUUGGGUGUUUUGUCACACUAAACUGAUUUUUUUGCUUUUGGGGACUCCUACAGAUGUUCAGGUACUGUGUGCUGCUUCUCCUGCGUAUGUACUUUGGGAGUUGAAUGCAACUGCUGUAUGACGCUUAUCAUAAAUAUGUACUUACAAACAUAAAACUAAAGUUUCUAAAUGUU